AGUUCAUGUCCUAAACAAGAAAACUAAAAGAGAAAAAGGGAUUUGGGGGCGAAACUCCGGGACGGAGACACGGCGCCUGAGAAAAAUGGCGGCAAGGCAGAAAGCGGUGGCGACGCUGCCUAGUCUGAUUAGAACCCUUAAAAACGAUCGCCGGAAGCCUGGUUUCAGCCAGCCUCUGCCGUCGUUGAGACGCGCAUUUUCACUUUACGAUCAGAUCAAUCUCAUCGACAAUGUCCCUAAAGAUCAGCUUCGUUUUCAACGGUAUACUGAGACGGGGUUCACUGUGAAUGGAGUGGAUUAUGAGGGCAGCUUGCUUUGCGUUGGGAACUUGUUGAUGUCUUGGAGUCCUAAGAAAUUUUCGGAAAUUACGCCUGACAGCUUAUCUAUCUUCCAGAUUGUGCGCCCUAUUCCAGAAAUUCUAGUACUUGGCUGUGGGAGAUAUACUGAACCAGUAAAUCCUGAAUUGAGGCAGUUCAUUCGUUCCACUGGCAUGAAGUUGGAAGCUGUAGACACGGUACUUUUUGUUUGAAAUUAUGUUGCUUGUUCUGUAGUCGAAUUUGUCUUGAUCUAUAAGGUAAUUACUUUUCAUGCAUCUGAAAAUCAAGAUUUUGAGCUAUCUUACGAGUCUGUGACUAUUGGUGGGAAACAGUAUAUUCUUUGUUUAGGAUAAGAGAUAGGUGCGGAAACAUCCACCAACCAUAGUAGCCUUGUCAAAAGAGAUUGUAGUGGGUUACUGUAUUGUCUAGUUUCUGAUAAGAUGAAUUAAUGUGUCAUCAAUGCACCAGUAACAUCCUCUUUUCCUUGCAAUCCCUUGAUCAGAUGGGUAUUAAAGACUUUUUAGUGUAAGAUAUUAAAAACCACAUGUUCCUUCACUAAUAAAAAGAAAAAAGAAAAAACUAACCCACGUGAUGUUGUAGUGGAAAUAGAGUGAUUUGAAUUAUAGGUGAUAUUUGAGAACAGAGUUGAGUUCAACUGUUCAAGAACUAUCUUUAGUGCCCACAUAUGUCAACUUUUGCUUAAGAAAGAAACAAGUGCGCUGCCGUUGAGUAAAUUACCAAUUACAAUGAUCAUCUGGCCGGGGACUUGCUAGUUUGAAUAGUGGGCUGUUUGGAAUCCCGAAUGGACUCAUUUUGUCUAAAUUUAACCAGUUUUUGACACGAUGGACAAUUUGUUACUGUAGAUCAAGUAGUUAUCUGCACUCUCUCUUUCUCUCAAGGCAGUUCAUCCAUGUCCAGCAAUUCUCUUCAUAUCCUAUGUAUUUCCGUACACUACAAACCUAGUCCAUAUUUAAUAUUUGAAAAAUGAGGGUACUUCAGAUAUAGGACAGAAUUAUGCACUCUACUUGGGAAGGGGGCUUUCUCUUCUUGUACAAGUACUUUUCACUUAACCUUUAACCUUAGACCUUGGGGAGGUCGAGAGUAUAUGUAUAGACCAGUUCACCUAUGUUCAAGUUGGCACGUUUAUUCUUAACAAAGCUUUGUUAUUUGCAGAGAAAUGCAGCAUCAACAUAUAAUAUCCUAAAUGAGGAAGGUAGAAUUGUGGCUGCAGCACUUCUGCCUUAUGGAGUUUCUUCAUGACCCACCGCCCAGAGCCAGACUCAGUCAUUGUUAUGGAUGCCUCUACAAUUGCAGGAUUCUUCUAUCUCUCAAAUCUUACAAGUAUUACUCAGCCCUUUGAUCUCUACUCAUUUGUAGACUGACUACAAGUCACUUGGUCCUUUUUGCUGUAUAGAUAUACUGUUGUUGUCAUAACCUGCCAUCAAGAAUUUUGGCAAUAAGUUUUUGGCAGUUUAUAUACAUUCAAGAAAAAUUAAGUUCA